UGAUCAUUGGAUGGUUGCACGUCUGUGUUAUGGGCGUGUUCCCCACGAUGCUGUGGGACGGACCGAGCCUGGCUGGGUGCUGUCUCCUUUCUGCAGGUCAUGCUUACGACUCGGACCACGAUCAGUACCCGUCCCGGCCCCGGCCCCCUUCAGGAGGAGGAAGCGGAGGAGGCGACACCGGCGGCCAUGGCUACAGCAGCCACGGGGCCUCCCACGGUGAGGGGCAGGGGUGGCGGCGACCGGGUGCGUGGUGUCUCGGGAAAACCGGUGCUCCAUCCUCCCCCCUCCUCCCUCGUCUCUCCACUUCCUGUCUCUGUCUCUCCACUUCCUGGGGGUUCGAGCUGUCCAAGCAUGUGUGUGUGACUGCACGCGUGACCGUGCACGUGGGCGUGGUGUGGGUGUGCGGCGUGACGGGCUCUCAAGGCAUGUCUUGUCCUGUACCCCAGGUGGAGAUGGACCGUCGACGAAUGGCAACCCGGAAGGUAGGUGUGGGGCGCGGUGUGCCGAUCUGACCCCACGUGUCCACGUGCGUGGCAGUCAGCGGUGCUGCGUAACAAAAGGUCCACAAAAACACACGGUGAGAGGUACUGAGUGCUUAUUUCCUGUGCUUAGUACAGGCCCCCGGUGGCUCUCUCAUUAGGCAAGUUAAACUGAAGGGCGUUUAAUCGAGCACAGAGUAAUUUGCACAGAGGUGCAGCUUGCUCAAGGAGGAUGCCGGAAACCUAGUCAGGCAGGAAAAAGGAAAGCGAGCGCGUCGUCUCCGCACCCGCUUGGUUUCCAGCAGGUCUGAGCUGCCGACACUGCUCAGGGCGUUACCUGCAUCAUCGAUCUACAAGUCAAUCAUCCAUCUGUCACGUACUUAUCGAUCACGGAUGUGUCAAUGUAUCCGUCAUCAAUAAUCCCUCUAUCUAUCGAUCAUCCACUUAUCUACACCCAGCCAUCAACUUCCCAUCCAUCACCUACCGAUAAUCUAUAAUCUCCGUAUUUAUAAUCAAUCAUUUACGUAUCAUCUACCCAUUGACAAAUCUAUCGAUCGAUCAAUCGUCUGUCAUAAAUCCUUUAUCUAUUUGUUUAAUCUAUCGAUAAUCUAUAAGUCACAUAUUUAUAAUCUAUCAAUCAUCUAUCAAUAAAUCAUCUAUCUAUAAGCAUCUAUCGGUUAUCUAUAAAUCAUCUAUGAUCUACCAAUAAAUCCUUUCUGUAUCUGUUUGUCCUGAGUAUAUUUCUAAUCUACCAAACAAUCAAUCACCUAUCUAUCACUGAUCUACCAAGAAUUCAUCUAUGGAUCACACACCGAUAAAUCAUUUAUAUGUUUAUCUAUUUCUGUAUCAUCUCUCUAUAAUCUAGCCAUAUCACCUAUUUAUAAUCUAUCAAUCAAUCAGUCAUCUAUCAUCCACGUGUCUAUCUGUAAAUCAUCUAUCAAUAAAUCAUUUCUGUAUCUACCACACAUGUAUCUAUUAACCUAUUACUGUAUCGAUUAAUCUAUUUAUUUAUCAUGUAUCUAAAAUCAAGUAUUCAUAACCAAUCGAUCGAUCAAUCACCUAUCUGUGUAUCACAUAUCUGGCUGUAAAUCAUCUAUCGAUAUCAUCUAUCACUAAAUCAUUUCUAUAUUUAUCUGUCAAUGUGUCAUCUAUAA